AUGUCCACCAACGGAAAUGCAGUCAAUUACAUCAUGGCGGAACAUGGACACAACCGUCUUUUCAAACUAUCUCCGCCUCCUUCUCUUAAUGCCUUCAAGAAACUUUGCUCUCAAAAAGCCACCAAACAAGACUAUCCACUCGCUGCAGACAUCAAGGAGAACGUACCUGUUUACAAUCUUUCCAACUUUUCAACCCUUACAGAAAACCAAAAGUCCGCUCUCCAAGACGAAUGGUACAAAAUCCUUUUGUAUGGCCCUGGUGUUUUUGUCACAGCUGGUCUUUACACCAACUUGGACGUGAUCAACAAGUCAACAGCUGCCUUCAAUAAUAUCAUCAAAAGGGAGAGCCAAGGUACCAAAACAGCAGGCGAUCACUUUGCAAGUGCUGGUAAAAACGAUCGGAUUUGGAAUUCGUUCAGUAAACAUGGUCUCCAAGACCCAGACUCCUUCUUCAACUACUUUUCGAAUCCCUACCUCGACCUCAUCUUCUCUUCAUGGCUUGGUCCAGGGUAUCGCAUCACUACUCAAGUCAACAACGUCCGGCCUGGAGGGCAGCCUCAAGUUUCCCACCGCGACUAUCACCUAGGUUUCAUGUCUGCUGAGAACUGUGGAAGGUAUCCCAGGGCAAUGCAAGUUGCAAGCCAAUGCUUGACUCUGCAAGGCGCUAUAGCACACGUCGAUGUACCUCUUGAGAGCGGUCCAACAAGACUUUUGCCGUUCAGUCAGGCAUUUGCGCCUGGCUACAUGGCGUAUCGUCUUCCCGAGUUUAACGAGUUCUUCCUAGACAACUAUAUCUCACUUCAGUUGAAGAAGGGCGACGGUUUAUGGUUCAACCCUGCUCUUUUCCAUGCAGCAGGCGAGAAUAAGUCUGUGGACAUCAAUCGCCUUGUUAAUCUCGUCCAAAUCAGCAGUGCAUUCGGCAAACCGAUGGAAUCAAUCGACGCAUUGCCACUUGUGGAGAAAACGAGAAUAUGGCGCCUGAUUCCGAGCAAGACAUUAUUCGAGUUGCAUUGGUAA